AUGUAUUCGGCAAUUUCAUACCUUCGGAAUAGCAGAGCUUUGAGCUCGGCGUCGUCUUUGCUACGCGGUGAUGGAGGGUUCUGCAGAUAUGCCUCUUAUCUUCCUUCCCCUGCUUCUCCAGGGCCGACAAAGGUCGAGCCGGACAGGAACUCCAGGCCAAUGGACUAUCUUCGGACGGUGAUAAACGAAGAGCCCUCUCAAAUCUCUCGGCUCAACAACGACGAGAAUGCUGAUUGCGUCCACAUAAAGCUGCUGCGCAACAACACCUUUGUCACGGUGACCGAUCCCAAUGGAAACACCAAGAUCGGAGGGCUGAAAGCUUCAUCGGGGAUGGUGCCGGAGCUCAAAGGUGGGCCGAAGCUAUCCCGUUACGUAGCUGAAGCAACGUCGGAGCAUGUUGGAAGGAAAGCUAGAGAAAUGGGGUUGAGAUCAGUUGUGGUGAAGGUGAAUGGGUUCUCUUUCUUCAAGAAGAAGAGGCAAGCGAUCAUGAGCUUCAAAGAGGGGUUCGGGAACUCCAUAGUCUCUAUUGAAGAUACUACGCGUAAGCCACAUAAUGGUUGCAGGCUCCCGAAGAAGCGCAGAAUCUAG